AUGUGUUCGAGCACUAACUACCCUUAUAAUGAUUACUACUACCCCCUCCCCCCCCCCCUAUGGAAGACUCAAGGCUUCGCAUUUUACCAAACCAACUUUUUAUUUGGAGAUAUAUACAUCUCUUCACUCAUUCCUAUUCCAUGUGUGAUGAUUUUGAUGAGUAAUAAAGAUGAGGAAUGUUAUACUAACAUCUUCAGCUUUAUUAAGAAAAAAUUUCCAACAUUCACACCACAGUCAUACAUGUCAGAUUUCGAGAUAGGCCUUCACAAUGCGAUCGAACGUAUUUUUCCCGAAAUAAUGCCAAGGCACUGUUACUUUCACUAUGCGCAAGCCCUGUUUCGCAAAGCAAAAAAAUUAGGGCUAAUAUCAAAAAAAAAAAACCAAAAGAAUUGUACCAGAAAUUUUUAUAGUUCUCCAUUUAAUUAA